AUGUCCGCCGUCAUCAAAGACAUAUACAACACCUUCCUCUUCGACCCGGAACACGGCCUCCAGCUCGAUGCUAUCUAUCCCACAUCUCACCCUCAAGACGCCCACGUCCCUGUCUUUGUUCACUAUCACGGAGGAGGGAUGGCAGCGGGGUCCAGGCGGGACAUGUUCUUUGCUUGGAUGCGAGACAUACUGCCUGCCAAGGGCUUCCUUGUGAUCUUUGCCGACUAUCGACUAUUGUAUCCAAGCACAGCAGACGACAUCAUCACAGAUGUGCAUACGCUAUUCUCGUAUAUAUCAAGCCCGAACACCGAGCUUGCCCAGUCGCUCGCUUUCCUCGGCAUCACUAUCGACGCUUCCCAUAUUGUCGUCAAUGGCGCUUCUGGCGGCAACUAUGCUGCCAAAGCAGCGGCCACCUUACCUACCGUUAUUCCCCGCCCUAUCGCCUGGGUGGAUCUUUGGGGCCAAGGCGGUGACUGGCUCUCCGACUUUCUAGUCAAACCGUACGACAUCACAAAGUACAUUGUCGGCCUACUGUACGAUGAAGCGCGGGCCAUUGAGCUGGAAGAGGCUGGUGGAGGGGAGGUGGUCACGGACGAUCGAUUUGUGCCUCUGGAAGGAGGCAAGAGAGGUCAUAAGCUGGGAAGAUUUAGUAUGGUGGCGUACUGGCUUAGGCAGGGUACCUUUCUCGACCACCUCUUCUCUGCGCCCGGUCUCGGCGCAAAGCUAGCGGCUGUCGAACCUCAACACCGCCCCUCUCUUAUACCCCCUGACAAGGUACACCUCCUUCUGCCCAUUACGCCAAUUACCUGCCCCGCCUAUCUCAUACACGGCACAACAGACAAAAUAUGCCCGAUCAGCGAAAGUAAAGCGAUUGAGAGGGAUAUGAAGCAGCUCGGGUUGGAAGUGGUGGUGGAUUGGGUAGAGAAUGGAGAGCAUGGGCUGUGGGACACCGAUACGAGAAAGCCGGUGGCUACGCUGGGAGAGACUAUUGAGAAUGUUGUCGCUUGGGUUGAGGAGAAGGCGCGCGUGCCACAAGCCGCGCAUCAUUAUGAAAGUCUCACUCGUGGCGCAAACAUGCUCAUGACGGCGCUCACGGGCGACCACCUCGGUCCAUACCUCCUAUCCUCCAAUCCUUGCUUAUACCUCAAACCUCUCAAACCUCCUCUCUCCAUCAUCUCCGACAUCUCCCGAGCUCUCAGGCACACCAUCUCGCUUACUAUCACACUGGGUUUGUGGACUGGAACGCAUUUGAAUUGCUUUACAAAGCUGUUCCACUGCGCCUCCACGGCUCCACCUCCUCCACCUCCACACGGACCAAACAUUACGCAAGCAAUCAUUUCGUGUUCGACGUCGCCGUGGCUCACCAUGAAGGGCUGCCCGAGGGUUCUACAGGCAAUUGGUGAAUUCGAGCCCGGACGACUUGAUGGAGAGGAUUUGCACGCUAUCGACAUGCUUGACGUUUACCUUCCCACCAGCCGACAGUCUACCAAAAACGGCAAGGUACCCGCGUUCGUCCAUUUCCAUGGAGGUGGUAUGGUUACUGGCUCGCAAAAUGACCCCUUCUUUCCCGAGUGGAUCAAUACUAUCCUACCAGCGAAAGGUUUUUUGGUCGUCUCAGCAGACUAUCGUCUUCUGUUUCCGAGCACCCCAGCCGACAUGAUCACUGACGUCCAUACUGCCACGGCCGAGCUGGGACGCAGCAGGGUCAGGGAAUUACUACGUGUGACAUAUCUUUCUGCCUCGUCCACUCCACUCAAUACUUGGCUCUCCAGCCUUGAUAUAGCCCUCGACGCUAGUCCCUCCGUCGUCAGCGGACAAUCUGGUGGCAACUACCCCGCCCGCGCUGCUGCUACCAUCCCGACAGUCAAACCCCGUCCCAUCGCGUGGUUUACCCUGUUCGGCCAAGGUAGCGACUGGCUCUCUGACUUCUGGCUCUCGCCUCAGAACGUCUUGCCUUAUACGCCUUUCUUCGAGUACGACCAAACCCGGGCGAAAACAGUGGUUGAACCAGGCAGGGGAAAAGUGGUUUCGGAUAGUGCUUAUCUGACGCUGAAAGGAGGCAAGGUUGGGGAUACGACAGGACGAAAUAAUCUCUACAUCUAUUUUGCGCAGACAGGAUUUUAUGUUGAUGUCCUCCUGUCUUCCCCGGGAAUUGCUUGCCAGCUUGGCACAGCGCUAUGCACUAAACGCCUCUCGCUACUCCCGGCCAGCCUCCUUCCCUUACUCCUUCCAAUGACCGCUUCCACCCCGCCGAUGUAUAUCAUCCAUGGCACAUCCGACCACAUGGUGCCCAUAGCCGAUAGCUACAAGCUGAAGAACAAUUUGGAGAAAGAAGGUGUAAAGGUGCGAGUCGACUGGGUAGAAGGGGCAGAGCAUGGGUUAUUGGCGGAUGAUUUUGGAGGGUUGGUGGAAGGGUUUGACGGGGUUGUUGGGAGAGUUGUGAAUUGGCUUCAGAAGAGGGCGAAUUGA